AUGGUUCAUUACAAGCUGAUUUACUUCAACUCCCGUGGAUACGCCGAGACGGCCCGUCAACUUUUCGCCUUGGCCGAGGUCGAAUACGAGGAUAUUCGUUUCGAACAUCAGGGUCCCGAAUGGCCGAAAUUGAAGCCAAGUGAGCUUUUAAGAACUUUCUUAGAAAUAAAAAGGGCAAUAUUCAAAAAAAAGAGCUGGUUUAGGAAUUCCAGAGUGGGCCUUAUAGUGGUUAGUGGGGAAAAGGGGCCGAAAAAGUGGUCCCUAUAGGGGCAAAAUUAAGGUGGUCCCUUUAGGGGUUUAAGGUCUGAUUCCUUAGCCCCUUAAGCUUGAAUGGACCCUAUAGGGACCUUUAAAUUUCAUUCAAAACAUGCUUAUUUAUUCAGUUUUUUCCCAAGGAAAUGUCCCCUCGAGGGACCACUUUUGCAAGCUUUAGGGGUCUAAAAGGGAUUGGUAAAGUGGUCUCUAGAGUGGACCCUCCAAGGGCCGGUAAGGUUGUCCCUAUAGGGACCACUCUAGAGUUCCUAAUUAGUUACCAAUUCUGAGAGUUUUAAAAAAUUUCCAAAAGUCGCCGUUUUUUCUCGAAUUUUGAUUCGAACGUAACCCGAGAGAGUGUAAGCUUCUAAUACCCUUUAAAAAAAUUAUUCAGAAACUCUAAAAUUAAGUGGAUCAUCAGAAUCAUUUUCCAGAUACCCCAUUCGGCCAAGUACCUCUUCUUGAGGUCGACGGCAAGCAGAUACCUCAAUCCUUGGCCAUUACUCGUUACCUGGCCAACAAGUUUGGCUACGCCGGAAAAUCGGACGAGGACAAGGCCUGGGCCGACGCUUUCGCCGAUCAAAUCAAGGACCUCAUCAUCCUUUUCGGGCCUUAUCACAUUGCCAAGCAUGCUGGCAAGUCGGCCGAUGAGCUGGUGAGUCUCGAUUUUCCGAGCAUUAAGAAGUGAGAAGUAAAUUUUGAUCAUGAACUUCUUUCAAAAAAGCUUCAAAUUACUGGAGAAACUCAGAAGACUCCUGUUCUUGAUAAAGACGGGCCAUUCACUUAGAACUCCGAAAAUUCCUUGGGAUCAGACCCUAAACCCUAUGUAGGCAUCACCUUAAUUUUACCCCUAUAGGGACCACUUUUUCGGCCUUGUAGAGGUAUUUUUCCCUCUCUAACCCCUAUAAGGACCACUCCGGAACUUCCAACAACGUCAAGUUUAUAAAACCCCCUCUUUGAUGAGGAAAAUCCUUCAAAAAAGAAAUCUCAAAAAAAAAACACCUACCGCUUGUUAAGAAACUCCAGAGUGGUCACUAUAGGGGCAACCUAAGAGGUUUUUGUACGGUCUCCUCUAGGGACCACUUUGCAAAGCCUUGGGCCGCUAAAGCUUGCAGAUGUGGUCCCUAUAGGGGUUUUUAGUCCGUGGCUCCUAUAAGGCCCACUUGAGCUUUGGAUCAGACCCUUAAACCCUAUAGGAACCACUUUUCGGCCUCUAACCCCUAUAGGGACACUCUAGAACUUCCAAGAACGCCAAUUUUCGAAGACCCCUUCUCUGAUGAGGAAAUCCUUCAAAAAAAGAAAGCUUAUGGAUUCGAUCCCUUGACCAUUUGACUAGGUGUCGAAAACAAUUGCGCUGCGCCAUGACGACCGCUAGAGUUCCCCACAGCUUUGGACAGUAGAAAUGACAAAAAUUUGUUCAGAGCGCGAUUCUGAAGGACUCGGUUCGGCCCGGACUCGAGCAGUUCUACACCAUAAUCGCCAAGUAUCUAAAACAGAGCAAGUCAGGCUUCCUUCUCGACAGCGGGAUCACCUAUCCCGACCUCAUCCUCGCCGAACUCACGACCAUUAUCGAUAACGUCGAUCCCAUCGACAAGUCCAAGCAUCCUGAGGUUUUCGUCCACAAGAACCCCAAAAAACGCCAUUUCAGCUCUUCGAGCACCAGAACAAGGUCCGGUCGAUCCCCCAGAUCAAGAAAUGGAUCGAGAAACGUCCAGUUACAGAAAACUAA